CCGGGGCGGGGCGGGCCCCCUCCCCCGCCCUCCCACCUCCCCCCACCCCCUCCCGGCCCGUCACCGUCCCGGCUCCUUCCCGCGCGCUUCUUUCCUUCCCGCUUUCCCCGGAGAAACAUGGCCGGGAGCCGUGAGGAGGCGCCAGACUACGGGCGAGGCGUCGUGAUUAUGGACGACUGGCCAGGGUAUGACUUGAAUUUGUUCACGUACCCACAGCACUAUUACGGAGAUUUGGACUAUGUCCUCAUCCCUCACGGCAUCGUUGUGGACAGAAUUGAACGGCUGGCUAAGGAUAUUAUGAAAGACAUAGGAUACUGUGACAUUAUGGUCCUAUGUGUACUUAAAGGAGGCUACAAGUUCUGUGCAGAUCUGGUAGAACACCUUAAGAACAUCAGUCGAAAUUCCGAUAGAUUUGUCUCUAUGAAGGUUGAUUUCAUCAGACUAAAAAGUUACAGGAACGACCAGUCCAUGGGCGAGAUGCAGAUAAUUGGAGGUGAUGAUCUCUCAACACUGGCUGGAAAGAAUGUCCUCAUUGUCGAGGAUGUUGUCGGAACUGGGAGGACCAUGAAAGCAUUGCUCGGUAGCAUAGAGAAAUACAAGCCCAACAUGAUUAAGGUCGCCAGUUUGUUGGUGAAGAGAACACCUAGAAGUGAUGGCUUUAGACCUGACUGUUUUCCAUAGUACCUUCACUCCUAAGAACUCAGCUAAAUUGGUUUCAGGGGGUGGAGGGAGACGUGACCCCCUCCUGGGCUGACUUGGAUGCACAGGAUUCCUGCCUUGGCUUCUGUCCCCACCAGUUGGACACAGAGAGGCACUGGGAAGGUCGAGAGGUGUUCUACUGUCUCCAGGACCUGUGAGCGGACAAUGCACAGUGCUGACCUUCAGCAAGCCUGAAUUUUAGCACCGAAGGGGAAAUAUGAGACACCUCUCCACCACCUUCAAACACAAGUAUAAUAACACAGAGAAUUAACAGAGCAAAUAUCUCUAGAUAGCAUCUUCGCACUUGAGUUCAGACACAUGUUCUGAAGGACUUUCCUCAUCUAAGGCACUUUCCUCCCUCCUCCCCAGGAUACGAAUAGUUCUAAUGCCAGAGAGGAUAAACAAGCUGCUUGAUUAUUUGUUAUUCUAACACUAGAGGCGAUAUUUUUUUCACUUGCAUAGGCAGACUUCAGCUUGAUUUUUAUGACUUACAUUUGCACUCAAGCCUCUGGGAUAAUUUGGCUGCAGUUCUCAUCAGCAAGCUGAACAAACAUAAGCACAAGAAGCACACUAUGGAUGGGUAAUGUGCCAGUGACACUGAACCAGUGAUUCUUUAUUCUAAAAACAAGUUUCAUUCCUACGCGGGGUGUAUUAAAUCUAGACAAUGUCAGUUCUGGCCAGAUAGACCCAGUAGCAUGUCCCUGUCCAGUUAUUGGCUUGGGGAAUGUAAUCUGGAUAUAGUUAAGGUCCAACAAGGUUAAUAAACAGAAAUCUUCUAAGGAAAUAAUGUAAGAUACUGUAUAGAGAAGAUUUCAACUGAAGUUGAAAGACAUGCACUUCAGACAUAUCCAACUAGUUACAAAUGUCUUGUGUCACAGCAACAGCAUUAAUAAAAUAAUAGCAGCUAACAGUAGUAAGAGAUUUACUUUUUUAAUUUUUAAAAUUUUUUAAAAAUUGAAGUAUAGUUGAUUUACAAUGUCUUAGUUUCAGGAGUACAGCACAGUGAUUCAAUUAUACACAUAUAUGUGUGUGUGUAUAUAUACUUUUUUAGAUUCUUUUUCCUUAUAGGGGUUAUUAUGAAGUAUUGAGUAUAGUUCCCUGUGCUAUACAGUAGGUCCUUGUUGGGUCUCUCUUUUAUAUAUAGUAGUGUGUAUCUGUUAAUCCCAACCUCCUAAUUCAUCUCUCCCCUCCCCUUUCCCUUUUGGUAGCCAUAAGUUUGUUUUCUAUGUCUGUGAGUUUGAGUUACCAUAUGAUCCUGCAAUCCCGCUCUUGGGCAUAUAACCAGAGAAAACUAUAAUUUGAAAAGAUACAUGCCCAAUGUUCAUUGCAGCACUAUUUACAAUAGCCAAGACAUGGAAGCAACCUAAAUGUCCAUCGACAGAUGAAUGGAUAAAGAAGAUGUGGUACAUAUAUACAAUGGAAUAUUACUCAGCCAUAAAAAAGAAUGAAACAAUGCCAUUUGCAGCAACAUGAUGGACCUAGAGAUCACCAUACUGAGUGAAGUAAGCCAGACAAAGACAAAUAUCAUAUGACAUCGCUUAUAUGUGGAAUCUAAAAAAAAAAGAUGCAAAUGAAUUUAUUUACGAAACAGAAAGAUUCUCACAGACAUAGUAAGAGAUUAUGAUGUGCCUGACUCUGUUCUAAGAGCUACACAGAGAUUAACACAUUUAAUCCUUGCAACAUUCCUCUAAAGUAAGUGCUAUUGCUGUGCCCAUUUUACAGAUGAGGAAAUUGAACACAACCAGGUUAAAGAGCUUGCCAAGGUCACGAAGCUGUAAGUGUAGAGUCAUUAUUGAACCCAGGCAGUCUGGUUGCAAUCAUGGCUUUUACUCUUGCCCUGCAUCUGUAAGUAGCAUCUGCCAUUGCAAAUAUAAGGGUAGGAACUGCAGCCAUUUACCAGCUAGAGAUAGGUCACUCUGAUUCCUGGCUGUUCUCCUGUCCUACUGAUCCAGUGUUCUUCUUUUUUUUUUUUUUAAUUAAUUUUUAUUUAUUUAUUUUUGGCUGCGUUGGGUCUUCGUUGCUGCACGCGGGAUUUCUCUAGUUGCAGCGAGCGGGGGCUACUCUUUGUUGCAGUGUGCGGGCUUCUCAUUGUGGUGGCUUCUCUUGUUGUGGAGCAUGGGCUCUAGGUGCACGGGCUUCAGUAGUUGUGGCUUGCAGGCUCUAGAGCACAGACUCAGUGGUGUGGCUCGCGGGCUCUAGAGCACGGGAUCAGUAGUUGUGGUGCACGGGCUUAGUUGCUCUGUGGCAUGUGGGAUCUUCCCAGACCAGGGCUCGAACCUGUGUCCCCUGCAUUGGCAGGAGGAUUCUUAACCACUGCGCCACCAGGGAAGUCCCUGAUCCAACGUUCUUUUUUUUUUUUUUUUUUUUUAUGGCUGCGUUGGGUCUUCGUUGCUGCGCCGGCUUUCUCUAGUUGCAGUGAGCGGGGGCUACUCUUCGUUGCGGUGUGCAGGCUUCUCAUCACAGUGGCUU